AUGAGCAAUCAACAUAAUAGAGUUAAAAAAUUCUACACGCCCUUGCCUCUUCUUCAUGUUCAUACAAAACCAGCUAAAAGGUAUCAAAGUUCUUUACCUAUUAUCUAUAAGUUACUAGCAAACAAAUCAAAUGAACAAUCAAAUCAUUUAAGUAAUUUAGAAAAUUUAAAUAAAUAUUUAAAUAAUAAUGAUUUAAGUGAUUCAGAACAAUAUUCAAAUAAAUCAAAUAAACUAGAUCAAUAUUCUAGUGAGACAUACCAAUACUCAAGUGAAUCAGAUAAAGAUGUAGAUUGGGAGAUUAGUGAAGAGAAAUAUUUUUUAGAUAGUGUAGAUUGGGAGAAUAAUGAGAUGGAAUACUUGCAUGAUAAUUAUAAUCAAGAUAAAGCAAUUAAGUUUGCACAUGUUCAUAGUGUCGUUAAAGUUAAUGAAAGACAAUUCCUCGGAGCUGAUCCACUUGUUUCAUAUCAUGGGCUUCCUGGACACUUGCAUAGUAAUAAUAGAAAAACACGUAGAAUAGAUUUUAAUAGGCUAGCAGAAUAUAAAUAUUUUGUAACUGAAAUAUUAUAUAGCUUUAAUGGUUGGUGGCAUAUUCGUGAUCUUAUCAAAAGACACAGAGCUCCUUAUGAAUAUAUACCUAUUCCAACAUUACCACCAU